AUGGAGCAAGUGCGUCGAAUGCUGGAUUCUGUCGACAAGGCCUUUUCAAGCCAAGCAAAGGUAAAAAUUAAACUGUUAUAUUGAGUUGCAAUCAAAAACGAAACUGUGGCAAUAAAAUACAUCGACAAUUUUAAGGGAAACAUUAAAUUAACUUAACUUCAAAUAGACUUUCAUGCAGUCCACUGCUCAGAAAUCUAAUAUUGUGUUAAUUUCCCCAUAUUCCACACGCUGUCUUAUUGGUAUAGAGGGAAGGACGGGAUAUUUUAGGUAAGAUACUUGGAAUCAUACUGCAAAUCUGCAAUAUCACAGAAACGGAUCAUGAUUUUAUCAACAACUUUUGCCCAAACUUAAUUGUCACAUAAAAAAUUUAAACUUUCAAUCGAUUAACUUCCCUUCGUCGAGAACUUAGUCACCAACUUUCGAUUCCAGCGGGCCUUCGCUCGAAACGUCGAAAUUCUCCUUGUAUUUUUCAAAUAGAUAAAUAGUUUUAUUAAAAUUAACUUUGCAGCCCAAGGGCUGAAUUGUGUUAACUAUUACAAAAAUAAGCCUCAAUCCGCUAUAACAUGAUGUACUAGACUAAUAAAUACUUUAAAUUUAAUUAUAUCUUAAGAUUGUAAUGAAUUAUGUACAAUAAAAGUUUUCCUAUGUCGUUCUGUCUGGAAGUUAACAUUAAAUUUGUCUUAUCAACCCAAGUUUCGUUAUUAUUCACAUUACCUACACUGGCACUAAAAACCGUCAAAAAAUAAAGCAUUAAAGGUCGUCAGGUUUAGAUUACGGUUAUAUAGAGUCGGGGUUAGAUUUGGGUCAGGGUUCAAAUGAUGAAGGCAUGCACUAUUGCACGACUCAAAUGAUCACCCUUGUUGGGUAUCGUCCCGUUCGCCCGUAUUUCUCAAUUUAGAAAUCCUGGCUGUUAUAUCCAUUGAGAUAAUGUGACACAGGUGCAUCUACUGCUUAGCAUAACAAUGUAUACACGUCGCAGAUAAGGCAUCUGUAUAUUGAUUAUUGGAUCAAAAAUUUGUACACAAACUUAUAAUGGCAGUUGAAUAUAUAUCUCGAUUUAAUACGGCAACGUCCAAGCACAAAUCGCCAUUUUAUCGAUAUAUAUGUGCAAAUACGAGUAAAAGGUUGCGAAUUUUUACACCAAAUAUUAAUAAAGGCUUUUCGAAAAUAAAAGAUUGAGGAUGCUAAACCGAUAAUCUAUACAGGGUGUCCACAAAAAAGUACCCUCUAUAUAGAAAUCAGAUCUUUUGUUGUAAAAUGUGCGUUGUUACAUCUUUGGGAAUUUAUUAUAGCUUCUAAAACGAACAGCAACACAAAAAUCUAAAAUUACAAAUUCAAUACAGUCAUUUCGCGAAAGAAUGCAUUCAUGUCCAGUUAAAUUAAAUUCCCAAAGGUAUACCAACGCACGUUUUACAACAAAAGAACCGAUUUCAAUAGAGGGUACUUUUUUGGGGGACACCCUGUAUAUAUUACACAAGGAUGGGUUGUAGCGAAGUAGUUGCAGUUCGCUACUGUAGCGAACUACAAUUUUCAAGUAGACAGUAGUUUUUGACUACUUUUUUAAAACGGUAGCUGUAGUUAUAGCGAACUACAUUUUGCCUAAAAGUAGCCAAGUAGUUGACUACUUUUCAAACAGCGAAUCGCUAUUCGCUACUUUUAAAAAUUAUUAGCAACUUGAUAUAGAAUAGCAUGAUAUUGAGGUAAUAUCAACACUCAAUAGUCAAUUUGCACUCCUGAACACUGUAGUGCUUACAAAAAUGUUGCUUUGUGCUUACUGUUGCUACUCGUAAGUCGAUUUGUUACAGGUUACAUUACAGCCUGAGUUAGUAGAUGCUCCAAAUACAGUAAAACUAAAAAAUAUAGCGUAGCGAAAUAGCGAAAUAGUUCGCUACAUUUGUUAAGGAGUAGCUGUAGUCAGUAGCGAACUACCUUUGUUCAAAAGUAGCAGUAGUAAUUGUAGCUGACUACAUAUUUUUGAAGUAGCUGUAGUUAUAGCGAACUACAAAAAUUUUGUAGUCAACCCACCCUUGAUAUUACAGAGAACAGGAAACGCGCAAUAUACAUGCUGCUGAACACUUUUUAGCAGGUCCUUCAUUAUUUUAUUAAACAGUUUUAUUCAUGAAAUAGAAUUGUUUUGGCAUUGCGAGUUCAGUCUGCAAAAUUCCAGGGUUGUAAAAUGUUCUAACCACUCAAUUUUGGUGCAAAAUUGUGAGUGAGAAUUUACCAAACCUCGAUGCUCACACAUGCGUUGCGGCAUCUUUAUUCAAGCGACUUAAAUUUGAAUCCCAAAUGAGAAUAAUUUCAAUACUCGGACAGUAUCAGGGCAGGAAAACCUUUUCUGGGAGCACAACCUGGAGACCAACAUUUCCUACAGACCAACGGAGUAUUUUUGUGCCAAAUCUGCAUGUGCAUGCAUAAACCUAUAAUGUUGUAGGUCAAGGAAUAAUGUCUGUCAACCAUAUGUUGUUGCGUCCAUAGUGGGACAUGGGUGUUAAGGCUUCGUUAAAUUUUAAUUCAAUAGCAACUCUUCAUUCAAACGAAUUUCCUGCAGCUGUUUAACAUUUCCUGCGAGCAGUGCUCGCGUGCUCGCCUAUUUUUUCCACCCCUGGACAGUAUAGUGGAUAAUGCCAAGGGGAUGGGCCUGACAGCAAACGUCUAUAAUUGUGGUAUCUGUCAAUUUUAGAACCACUGUACGUUAAUGUUACAAAGCAAGUUCUUGUCCAGUCCGUUUUGGAAUGUGCGCAUCUCUGCCGAACUGAAAAAACCUGUGAGGCUUUCAAACACAGAAACGUUUAUGACGACGUCAACUGCCAAAUAACCGAAGGUGAACCUGAAGUUUCAACAGUGCUGGAAAAUAAUGCGAAAGAAAAAUGGGGACUUUACAUACAGACAACAAUUGACUUGGUAGGAAUUAUCCAAUUGUUUUUAAGACGUUUUACAAAAGCUUGCAUGAUAUACAGAUUUAUUGGUCUUAUAUAUUGUGGACAUAUCUUCGUCAGUCUCCUGUAAGAAGAGUGUUUCCGGUAUUACUCUACCAAACACCGCGUAGUAACUCGCGACCAAUGAAGAGAUGAUCCUUACUGAACAUCCAGGAGGAACAGUUUAGAAUUGAGAAAGCUAUCCAGCAUAAAUAAAGUUAGUUUAGUUUAGGUUUCCUAUUUUAGCAUUUAACAAAUAGGGAACCAAUUUAGGACUGAUAUAGAGCUAUCGAAUAUAAAGACAAUAAAGUAUAACAAUUUCAUCAAAAGUUACAUUUCUGCAUCAGUUACAUUGACUACGAAUAAGAAUUCAAAUAUUUUGUUUUUCCAUUCCCAGCCGGACUGUGUGAAGAAGAAUUUGUGCAAUGGGGCUGGACGAUGCUUGGCUGACAGCUGUGAGGCCGACGGCUUCAAAUGCAAAUGUUCUGAUAAUCAUUAUGGAAAAUAUUGUCAAUAUGAAAAGUUUUGUAAGUAAUAUAAUUUUUCCUCGUUCAUUUCCUCCAUUAUUUUCUCACUCUGAUAACUGCAGGUUCUUAGUGAAAUCUAGCAAUACGAUCAAUUUUCCUCUAUUUUAGAUGACUACGACAUAAACUUCCCAAACACCACGGCUAACAACUUCAUAGACCUGGGAACAAUAGAGAUGGAUUUUAAGGAGUUCACGUUCACCGCAUGGAUUAAGUUUAAUCCAGGAUUUACUAAAUACCCUCUGGUCUCAUACAUCGCUAAAAACACGACAGAAAUGUUCGCGCUUGCGUUUCGCUCAGAUGAUACAAGCGGGACGACAAUCGGCGCAUUUUCUGGAAAUUUACUUGGUCAGCAUGUCGAGUAAGUCUUUUUAAGAAAUAUUUUAUAUAACGGGGGUGGGGAGGUGAGAAGAUCAUGCCUCUGGAGUUGAAUUACAAAUGACGCGGCUCCAACGUGAUGAAAUUGAAGGUUUGGUAGCGCGCCCAUGGCUGCCAUUAUACAGCCAAUAGGGAGUUUACACACGGAAGACGGCGACGUCAGGACGGCGGCAAUCAUUAAUCAAAUAAUGACAUUAAUCCUAUAGCAUAAAACAAAUGAAGAAUUAAAAAGUCGAGCAGGGGUUUUGGACGUCGUUCAAGCUCUGUUGACAACGGCAACUUAGCAUAUUUUCACGUCUCGUAUAGUACACCAGCAUUUCAAGCUGUUACGGGUAGUUUUUUAUAUGCCGGACAAUAUAUGGAAAAUAAAAACGCCCUUUCGUCGGGCAAGAAGAACACAGCCCCCUAAUACGUACAGUGACGUUGCGCACCUGCUAGCAAGCUCAGAUCAGGAAAACUUUUGUGCUAUCACAUUUUCCAACCGUUUUUUUCUAGUACAAAUACCAUACCUAUAGACGAUGGUUACUGGCACCAUGUGGGAUUCGCAUGGUCUGGUGUUACUGGAGAGUGGAUCUUACUUAUUGAUGGUGUUCUGUGGGCGACCAGAAAUGUUUCCACAGUAGGGAAAAUAUCAUCAGGUGGUGUGCUAACCAUCGGGAAAAUUAUAGACAAUGGAGUAGUUUACCAUUUAGUUGGAAACGUAAGUCUUGUGAAUCUAUGGAGCACAGCAAAGACGGGUGGUGAGAUUGAAGAGAUAGCUAAACGACCUGGGUCAAGAGAUGGUCAUUUGAUCACUUGGUUUAUGGUGAAGGAUUUAAUAUCUGAUCUACGAAUCAUUCGUCCAUCUACGGCAGCUUUCUCAGGUUUUUGUUUUAAUGAAAAUAAUUCGCGAGGUCUGUCCUUAAUAGUCCAUUAUCACUACCCAUAUAAGAAAACAAGAAUGUAGAAGAACACGAGGCAAAAUUACAAUCUGACAACUAUAGCAGGAUCUGAAUCCUGACACAAAGAUGAAAGUCACAUAGAAUAGAAUAAGAAUAAUUUAUUUAAUGUCGAAUGACACAGAGUGCGGUUGCCCAAUCACUCGAGCCAGGGGCUCACGGUAGACUUGCUCGACAAUAAAACACUCUAAAACACUGCGACACUAAUACUAUCUUUAACAUUUAAAUCGAUUUAGGUAACGGAACCAACUACGAGAUAAAUCUACCACUCGCGAAUGUGAAUUAUCCAGGACCAUACAAAACCACGAGAUUUUUGUCAAGCUGUCUUUGGUUCUAUGGCAGUAAUGUCGAUGGAAACACAACCUUUUUUGUCUAUGAUACCGUGAACAUAUUUGGCAUCAGUUCAGUCGACAUGGUUUCCACAAUUAAUGGUUUUUCAAGCAAAAGGUGUGUCUCAUCAUUUCGGAAGCGUUUUUGGCGACAUAUGAAUCAUGUAUGCUACUGUAGUUAAGGGUAGGGUAUUUCAGACUAUUUUUUUCUGCCAUUAUUUCUGUGGAAAUACUGAAAUUUCUUCGCAUUAAUUAUGAGCGUCUGCAGUCUGGCUCCGCUGUGUCGGGUAACCACACCAGUGGUUCCUAUGUAUACAAUGGAAUGAAAGGGUGGGGGCAUCCCUUUAUGCAUACAUCUACCUAAUAGACAAUUCCCAUUAUAGACUAUUUUAGAACUAGGCAAGGAGAUGCAAAUAAAUCACCACAGCUAGAAAGAGCAUACUAAAAUUAGUAAAAUUGCAAAGUUUGGUUGCGAAAUGUUGUAAAAUGCAGAAAAUAUAGCCUUGCAAAGUUUGCAAAUUUUGUAUACUUUUGUAUUGCGUGCGGAAAUUCCUACCACAUUUGGGCCCGAAUGUGGUAGGAAUUCCGCACGCAAUACAAAAUGACUGAAAAUUUAUGACUGAAAGGCUGUAUUUUCUGCAUUUUACAACAUUUCGCAACCAAACUUUGCAAUUUUACUAAUUUUAGUAUGCUCUUUCUAGCUGUGGUGAUUUAUUUGCAUCUCCUUGCCGAGUUUUAAAAUUAGUCUAUAAUGGGAAUUGUCUAUUAGAUAUCUACAUAAUGAAAAUCUUUCUCUCCCCAGAAAUACUGUUAAAGGUUUCAGGCAAUGGCAUUUUCUUUGUAUACAAUGGAACGGAAUUGCGGGAACAGUCACUUAUUUUUAUGACGGCUACGCAGUUGAUGGCAAGAUACAAAAUGAGACGUUGAAAACACAACUACCUCCAGGAAAGAAUUUUAGCAUUGGUUUGGGUGAAGAUGGAAUAGGGAAGCUGACACAACUGAAUAUUUGGGAUUAUGAAAUAGCAGCGAGUAGUGUUAUAGCCAUGUCAUCUGGAGGAUUCAAUGUGCAUGGAAGUGUGAUGUCCUGGAGGAGUUUGGCGAAGUAUGUCCCCAGUGAAAGCAUCAUGAAUUACUGGAAUUCUUCCAUCUAUCUGCCAGGUAAGACUGAGGAUCUUAAUAAGUUCUUUGGAUUUCCCCUUGUUGUCAGUUAAAUAAAAUUCCAGUCAGCUAACAGGAGCCUCGCUGCGCCCCGGCUCUGCGAGCAAACUGGAAUACGCCAAAACUCUGUAGCCAAAGCAUUUGCUCGAAAGUGUCCACACUAGUAGCCGGCCUGAAUUUUGCUUCUAAAGAAGAAGCAGUGUUUGUCAACAAAGAAACUCUUUUUUGUUCCCCGAGUCCGAUUUUUGUUGCAGAAACAACGUUUUGCGGUUUGUUCCCCUUUACGAAACAUGGCUAGGAAACAAUGUUUCAUUGUUUGUCCAUCUUCGGGAAACAUGGUUAGGAAAUAAUGUUUCAUUGUUUGUCCAUCUUCGGGAAACAUGGCUAGGAAAUAAUGUUUCGUUGUUUCUCCAUCUUCGGGAAACAUGGCUAAACGUCUUUAAGUCUCCUGGAGUGUGAUGAAGUUCGCAACAUGAAUGUAAUAUGUUGGAAAUUCUAGUACUGAUUAACUGAAAUCUAGCGGCUCUUACAGCCGUAUAAUGAUGAAGAUAACUUUCUAAUAUAGCUGAGCACAAGUAACUCGGCCUAGCGCAUAUCAUGAGUUAAGCAUUAACCAGAUUCUCUCGUUCUGUUAUACAGGCUUUACAGUUCUGGCGAAGAGAACAAAAUGGUGCAACGACAAAUAUCCCAGUACAAACGAUACUUUAUGUCCAGGGCGACUUCUAGCAAGACUGGGAGGCCAUAUAGCUCGAGAAAAAUUGGAGUGGCGUUGUUUUUGCCCAGAAGCACUCUACGACGCAAAAUACACUUACAACUUUUCUACAUUAAGUCCGAGCUAUUACAGCAAAUAUAGCGCGCAAAUUGGUGCUAUGAACUGA